UCUCGACCUUGACGAACGAUUAACGAUCAACGACAACUUCCACGCCACGCCGUCGACCUACGAUUGCAUUGUCUCCUCCGGUCUCGAAGUUGACAGAUUGCAAUCAUGGCUGUUGGAAAGAACAAGCGCCUUUCCAAGGGUAAGAAGGGUAUCAAGAAGAGAACCCAGGACCCCUUCGCCAGAAAGGACUGGUACGCCGUUAAGGCUCCUUCCACUUUCGCCAUCCGGGAUGUUGGCAAGACCCUUGUCAACCGGACCACUGGUCUGAAGAACGCCAACGACGCGCUCAAGGGCCGGAUAUUCGAGGCCUCUUUGGCCGACCUCCAGAAGGACGAGGACCACGCUUUCCGCAAGGUCAAGCUCCGGGUUGAUGAGGUCCAGGGCAAGAACUGCUUGACCAACUUCCACGGUCUCGACUUCACUUCCGACAAGCUCCGCUCAUUGGUCCGUAAGUGGCAGACCCUCAUUGAGGCCAACGUCACUGUCAAGACCACCGACGAGUACCUCCUCCGUCUUUUCGCUAUUGCUUUCACCAAGAGACGGCCCAACCAGAUCAAGAAGACCACCUACGCUCGGUCUUCUCAGAUCCGUGCCAUCCGCAAGAAGAUGACCGAGAUCAUCCAGCGCGAGGCCUCCAGCUGCUCGCUCUCCCAGCUUACCACCAAGCUGAUCCCCGAGGUUAUCGGCCGUGAGAUCGAGAAGGCUACUCAGGGCAUCUACCCUCUCCAGAACGUCCACGUCCGGAAGGUUAAGCUCCUCAAGUCUCCUAAGUUCGACCUCGGCGCCCUCCUCAGCUUACACGGCGAGUCCUCUCAGGACGAUUCGGGUGUUAAGGUUGAGCGGGAGUUCAAGGAGCAGGUUCUUGAGAGUGUUUAAAUUAAAUGGUUCAGGAUGUGGGAUAGUUUGGUGAUUGCAGAACCUGUCUAGCCACAAUAAAAUUCCGUUUUCUUCAAGAGCACG